GCUGCAAAAGAAAAGAAAAAAAAAAAAAGGAAGGAAGGAAAGAGGCUAGAAAGGAAACCCAGAUUUGCCAUCACAACGAAAAAAGAGGGGAAAAGGAAAAGAAAAGUCGAGAGACUGUGGGGUUGCACGCAGGCAGCUGGAGCGUGGGCCGAGCGAUGUGGGGCUGCGCGCCCAGGCGGCCGCGAGUUGCUACUGGAGCCACGAUGCACGGCCAGGCGCGGUGAGGAGCCAGACGGCACCCCCUCCCCGAAGGAGUCCAGGCGCAGGGAGGGCCGUCCCGAGGAGACGGAGGCCGCCAGGCAGGCCACGGGCCGAGGUGACGGGGCUGGGGCGGUGGGGAGCGGGCGCGCGCACCUGGCUGCGUCCGCCCGGAGUUGUCCCUCUCACUCUCGAUUGACACAAACACUUCUCCAGAAGGGGGGAAACCUAAGCAACAACAACAAUCAACAACGAGAUCUUCCUCCUUUCCUCCCUCCCUCCCUUCCCCCGAGGCCUGCCCCCGCCCCCUUCCCCAGGCCCACCGCAGGCUCCCAGGGCGUCCCGACCCGUUGCGCGAGGCCGACAGUUUAGGAUCCAAAGCUUCCCUACUCGUUUGGUUCUUCUCUUUUUAUAAAAAGAGGAGGGGAAAUUCCGGUGACGGGCAGCCCUGCACGCACACACACCCGCCCUCAUACCCCGACAAAAGCAGAUGCACUUUGACUUCUGACAGCUCUACCUCAAGCCCGAGAGAACUCAGCGGCGCUUUCCCUGCAAGCCGAGCUCGCCGCGUCGUCCUCUUCCUUCUCCGACUCCGUUUUAUUUAUUUAUUUCCGUUCCCGUCGCCGUUCUCGGUGACCUUCACUCCUUCGCGGGCUCUGGGCAGAAGAGUCGCUUUCUCGCCCGCCUGAGACUCUUUCCUCGCCCCAGGAGCGGCGGCGGCGCUGCUGUGCCCCGGGGCCCCGGGACUGUCGGGCUGCACACUCCACCGAGGCGCCCCCCGACCCCCAUCAGCCUCCUCCCUCUCUCUGAUUUUCCGGCGCGGGUUUCGGUUUGCACUGCCAAGUGUGUCUCCCCAUUUUGGAGGGGCUGGGGAGUUCCUGCCGGUUGUCUUGGUGAAUCAUCCCCUCGGCUCUACCUGCGCUUCUCUCUCCGGGCCUCACCCGACCAAACCAAAGACCAUGGUGCACUGUGCCGGCUGCAAAAGGCCCAUCCUGGACCGCUUCCUCUUGAACGUGCUGGACAGGGCCUGGCACGUCAAGUGCGUCCAGUGCUGUGAAUGUAAAUGCAACCUGACCGAGAAGUGCUUCUCCCGGGAAGGCAAGCUCUACUGCAAAAACGACUUCUUCCGGUGUUUCGGUACCAAAUGCGCAGGCUGCGCGCAGGGCAUCUCCCCUAGCGACCUGGUGCGGAGAGCCCGGAGCAAAGUGUUUCACCUGAACUGCUUCACCUGCAUGAUGUGUAACAAGCAGCUCUCCACCGGCGAGGAGCUCUACAUCAUCGAUGAGAACAAGUUCGUCUGCAAAGAGGAUUACCUAAGCAACAGCAGCGUUGCCAAAGAGAACAGUCUCCACUCAGCCACCACGGGCAGUGACCCCAGUUUGUCUCCGGACUCCCAAGACCCGUCGCAGGACGACGCCAAGGACUCGGAGAGCGCCAAUGUGUCGGACAAGGAAGGCGGCAGCAAUGAGAACGAUGACCAGAACCUGGGGGCCAAGCGGAGAGGGCCGCGCACCACCAUCAAAGCCAAGCAGCUGGAGACGCUGAAGGCCGCCUUUGCCGCUACACCCAAGCCCACGCGCCACAUCCGCGAGCAGCUGGCUCAGGAGACUGGCCUCAACAUGCGUGUCAUUCAGGUCUGGUUCCAGAACCGACGGUCCAAGGAACGGAGGAUGAAGCAGCUAAGCGCGCUGGGCGCCAGGCGCCACGCCUUCUUCCGCAGUCCGCGCCGGAUGCGGCCGCUCGUGGACCGCCUGGAGCCGGGCGAGCUCAUCCCCAACGGGCCCUUCUCCUUCUAUGGAGAUUACCAGAGCGAGUACUACGCUCCCGGAGGCAACUACGACUUCUUCCCGCAAGGCCCCCCGUCCUCGCAGGCUCAGACGCCAGUAGACCUGCCCUUCGUGCCGUCGUCCGGGCCUUCCGGGACACCCCUGGGUGGCCUGGAGCACCCGCUGCCCGGCCACCACCCGUCGAGCGAGGCUCAGCGGUUCACCGACAUCCUGGCGCAUCCUCCCGGGGACUCGCCCAGCCCCGAGCCCAGCCUGCCCGGGCCUCUCCACUCAAUGUCGGCCGAGGUCUUCGGGCCCAGCCCACCCUUCUCGUCGCUGUCGGUCAACGGCGGGGCGAGCUACGGAAACCACCUGUCUCACCCCCCCGAAAUGAACGAGGCGGCCGUGUGGUAGCGGAGUCGCGCACGAUACGCGGAGUUCGUGGUUGUACAGAAACGAACCUUUAUUUAAGAAAAACAGAAAAAAAAAAGAAAAAAAAACA